AUGACAGACUUUCGGAAGUUGGCAUUGGAGUAUGUCCUGAGUGACGAUCCUGAGAGACAUUUGGCAAUCACAAAGGAGGCAGCUUCAGCAAUCCAAACAGCACCGAGACCCAGCAAUCCGGUCGCGAGAUGGGUUGAAUCCAUCAGGCCAUGGAUGCCCAAUGCCAAUGACGACCAGAUGGAUGAUGGGGAGGAUGGGGAGUCAAGUGGUGAUAUCAUUGCUCGAUCCAAAGCUUUGGGGUUCUUGGCAGGGACUCUAGAACACUUGGAUCCUACUUUUCUCAAGGCAGAUCAAGUUAAUCUCCUUGUUGCAUUCUUUGGCAGCAUGUUCAAGGUUGACCACAAAGCUGGCAUCAUGCCAGCAGCAAAGGCACUUGACAGAACAGCAAGCAUGAAAGCAUUCCAGCCUCAAAAAGGAAACGACAUCAUUCAGAGCAUUUGCAGUCUCGGCGACGACUUCAAAAACCAGGUGGCAGAAACAAGAGCAACAGUAUACGAGCUGCUGGAUCAUCUUAUCUCAAACCCCGAGGUCGCCAAUGAUUUGCAGUAUCAGCAUGGCGCAACCGCCGGCUUCAUGACGGAGCUUCUCCAGGUGUGCCGGAAUGAGCGAGAUCCGAAGUGCUUGAUGAUCUGGUUCAAGAUUCUGAAGGCGUUUCUCGCCGACUUUUCCCCCGUCCAGGAGGUCGUCGAUGAGAUUUUCAGCAUUUUCUCAGCAUACUUCCCGAUUUCCCUUAGAACGUCACAACAUCCUUCGGGUAUCACAGCCGACGACUUGAAGUCUGCUCUGCGGGAAUGUUUCUCUGCACACCACCGGGUGGCGAGCAAGGCGGUUCCAUACCUUAUCGGCAGAUUGGACCAGGGAGACAGCGUGACUGUCAACGUGAAGGUCGAUAUUCUCAAGACAUUGACUGCUUGCUUGAACAAAUAUGAGCACGUUCAGCAAGGCAUCACGCCGUUCACCGAAAAGAUCUGGGGCAGCCUGAAGUACGAGGUUCGCAACGGCGAAAUCGAAGACACGAUCAAUGCUACGCUCGAGGUUAUCCGCACGAUCGCGAAGAGACUCAAUGGGGACGAGCUCAGGGACUUCGCCCUCACCGUUCAGCGAGACUGCUUAGAAGAUCUGGCGAAUCCGAUAUACACGGCAGCUUCUGGAAAGCUCCUCAUCAGCGUCCACAGCGCCAAGCCCUCCGCUUUCGCCCUCAUGAUCGCUCCUUCCGUCACUCACAUCAAGGAGAACCUUCGCCACACAAAAUCACCCGAGCACACCAAGAAUCUCCUGAUCUUACUCAACUCUCUGCUUGAGCUUCGCCAAGUGCUUAUCGGUGGCGAUGUGGAAUUAAGUGUCGACGAUGCCGCGGCCUUCAAAUCCACAGAGCCAAUGCUUGCGCCGUUGUACAAGCAGGCAUAUCUUCCGCCUUUCCAACAGGCAGUUCAGGAAAUCGCAAUGAAAGAGGAAGCGACAAUUGGUCAACAGGCUAUCAAGGGUAUGGGCUUAAUGGUUUGCCAGCGUGCUGCACAGACAGGACGCUCUACUCAACCAAUGCUUCCAGAAACCACCCUGGCUGAGAUUUGCGACGACUUGGCAAGCGUGAUCCUGAAGGCGCCGGAGCGCUACUCAACCGACGAGCUCCAGGCCAACUUGAUCGACGAAGCUGUAUUUGCUCUUCAGAAGGCUACCACGGCUUACCCGCCUGCGCUCAAGAAGUUGAUCGAGGAGAGCUUCAGGAUAUGCGAACCUUACAUCGCUUCUCCCGAGACGACGUCUAUCAUCGGUCUGACCCAAACGUUGCAGCAAAUCAUCCCCAAGCUGGCGUACAUCAGCUGCUUCGAAGUGCCACGACAGGGCAAGAAGUUUGACAACUACGUGCUUCUGUUGAGCGUGCUGCUUGACAAUCUCAAGUCCAUGCUUGACGUCAAGGCACCUCCGCAAGUCUGGUCGCUGUUUGCCUCUGGAAUACAGAUCACGAUGAGAUAUUACAGAGAUGCAGUCCACGCUUUUCUGCCGAAAUCCGAAGCUCUCAAUUUCAAAGACAAGCGAUUCCAUCCCGACACGUGGGUCAACUACGUCGCAAGCCGGUUUCCUACUUUGCCUCGCAUUGAUGGCGAGAGCUCCGAAUCACCUGAUGCUGGGGACGCUAUGGACAUUGACAGUCAGGAACAGCAGCUGGAAAACGCCAGUGAUGAGAUUCAUGGAGACUUUAUCCUGAUCAGUCUCUUCGUGUUACGACAGCUUUACAGACGAGCGACCAAGAUAAUCAGCUUCGACGAUGACACUGAACUCUCACUAGAGCUCAGUGACGAUUUCACCAACAAAGACCCGGACGCUCGUAUGUUCGAGGAUCGCUACCUCCACCUCAUCGGUAGCAUGGCUACCUUCGUCAUCCGCGAGAUGAACGAAUUGCAACAGACUGGGUUGCUUCUCAAUGAGGAAGUCGUGACGCUCUUCCGUGGCGAUGAUGAAUUUCUGCACAGCGAUCCAUCCAAUGCGCAUCCUUGGGCGAACGCACACUUACGAGAUGCUAUGCUUCGGACAUUCAGUCCAGACCCAUCAUACAGCAUGCGCGAUCCGCCCAAAUUCCCCAUCAGCGGCUUCAGCCAUGGGCGCGCAGUCGUUCUCUCUCUUGGCGUUGUCCAGCCAUUGCACCCCACAGCAGUUCAGCGUUUGGUUGAGAGAGGAACAGCCCAUCAGAUCCUCAUUGCCGGCCUCCUGUCACGCGACCACUCAGCAUCGCCUCGUUCCCGUCUCAUUGUGUCUGCCAUUCUGACUAUUAUUGCCAACAAGUACCCAGUUGAUAAGCUGAGCGAGAUUGUUUCCAUGGUUGAGCGCCAGAUGGAGUUUGUGGUUGGUAACGGCAGCUUGUCUGAGGAAGAGGAGGACGAAACAGGCUUCCUCGAGCAUGAGAAGAACAGACUUCCCGGCGAGAACCCAGCUCAGGCCAGGGCCAACUUGGCAAGGCCGGUAUAUGCGAUCACCGCAGGCGUCCUUCGACGAUACACCGGGAAUGCUUUCAAGAAGGUCCUUUUGGCCAUUCAACGGGGCCCCGCCAACAAAGAAACCGGCCACACUCUCGCCCGCAAUCUCGAGAUUGUAUUUGCACCUUACGACAGCCUGAGGAAAGAGUACUUUGGACAGGUGAAGCCCCUGUGGCUUCAGAGAGCCUACUUCGAGCUCGUCAAGCCAAUGCUUGCCAAGGCUUGGCCGGCCGGCUCAAACAGCCCGGAGGACAUGCUGGUGGCCGCGAACUACAGCAUCGCCGUUCUCGCAGCCGUGAAACACAUCCCCUUCGCCAUCUACGAAGACGACACGGAAGACCUCGUGAGAUUGAUCCUCUGCGCAGUCCGCUACCUCCCGUCCGGCGGAGACGUGCAGGCCGGCCUCAGGGUCCUGGAGGAGAUCGCGCACAACUCGCCCGACCGCAUCAAGCCGUUCUUGAAGAGCAUCAUCGAGGCAUGCAUCUCCAUCUUCACCCGGGGCGACUCCCAGACGGAAAACUCCUCGUGGAUGCCGGCGGGCUACAUGCCGUUCGACCAUUCCAACGUCGCCCAGGCACAGUGCCGGUGCCUCGUCAUCCGUGUGCUGGGACUGCUGCCGCCGCAGUUCGAGCACCGUCAUCUGCUCGACUCCGCGUCGCAAGUCCGCCGCAUGUUGUCGCAAGCGUCGGGUGACCGUGUCCGCGAAGUUAGGAAAGCCGCUCUUGUGGCUCGCCAGGCCUGGGCCGAAGUCAACUAA